UAGAACGAAUAUUCCAAAGGACAUCGAGUGCCAUGCUUCAAAACGAAAUGCUGGACGAUGUAGACUGUAGCCUGUCACCAGGCACAGCAGCAGUCCAAACUCCCAAUUCUAUCGUCGAAGAGUACCUCCUUAGGCAUGUGGCUGUGUUUAAAGAGCUUAUGAAACUUAAACGGAGGGGAUGGGAGAAUCCGAAAGGAGACGACUUUUUCAAAGAGCAACGCAUCCGGGCUGAUCAUGCAGAUGCCUCCGGUCAAAGUGUGUUUUAUAACAUGAUGUGCCAAAUUGGCGCUGAACUGAAUAACAACACUUCGGCUUUACUCUUAUCGUCCGCAAUCGGCGGACGUCCCAGCGUCCUCGACCUCUGCAUGGCACCUGGCGGCUUCACAGCCUCUGUGCUUAAAGAGAAUCGCAGCGCGAGGGUGUGUGGAAUCAGUUUGCCUCUCUCGCAAGGCGGCUAUAAGAUUUUGCUGCCUAAUUGGCAAACGGACUCUAGAAUCCAGGUAUGCUUCCUGGAUAUCACGAUGCUCGCGGCGGAGAUGGGCAUUACCGAUAUCCCAGCGGAGCACCCUGACGCCGCCAACUUCUUGUCAGAUCGCCCGUUUCAUGGCGAAAAAUUCGACCUCAUCUUUUGCGAUGGGCAGGUUCUUCGAAUGCAUUCCAGGGCGGAGUAUCGUGAGAGGCGCGAAGCUUGGCGGCUAGUCAAUGGGAAAAUUGUCGCGCUACUGCACAGACUAGACGCUUGGGAUACUGUCGCGCUGCUGCACACACUUAGCAAGUUCUCGUCACUGCAAUUGUUUAAGCCAAGAAAGAAACACGCCAUCAGAUCGUCGUUUUACGUCGUCGCCGAACAGGUACAAUCUCAGAGCGUGGAUGCAUUGCAAGCUGUGGCUACUUGGAAGAAGGAGUGGUACGUAGCAACUUUCGGAAGCGACGCUGGCCAUUUGGAGGCCCGUUUGGGGCCAUACAGUGACGUGGAUGAUCCUGUAUGGAGAAUCCAGGGUGCCGCGCUUCGCAGAGCUUCGUUCCUCCCAUAG